AUGACAUCUUUGGUCAACCGAUACGCCGAGGAGGCUGGGCGAUGGAAUGCCGUCCAAACCCGCGACGCAAGAGCGGACGGACUCUUUGUUUAUGCCGUUAUCUCCACGAAGAUCUACUGCCGGCCUGUAUGCAAGGCGAGGCGAGCGCGCCGAAAGAAUGUCACCUUUUUCAAUCUAUCAAUCGAUGCAGAGAAUGCCGGCUUCCGCGCGUGCAAACGCUGCAAGCCCAACGAGCUGGGCACCAUCCCCCCCGAGCAAGGAAUCGAAAGCGUCAGGAGGUUCAUUCAACUGCUAGAUUCAUUACCAUGCAAUACGGCAGAAUCCCCCAACAAUAGUGGUCGAUCACAAACACCAUGCUUAGAGGAGAUGGCAUCCCAGGCUGGGCUGUCGAAAUGGCAUUUUCACAGGCUGUUCAAAAGGCAAACGGGGACUACGCCGAUGCGAUAUCUAGAGAGGCGACAACGAAUUGCGAGUCAGCCCAGCUAUGACUGGGACUCGGCAGGGCUUCCAACCGCUUGCAGUUCUGGGCAGAUUGAAACGAACCUGAUAGUGCCGCUCGAGAGCUGGGACGGUGGAGGUCAGGAGAUGCUCGAUCCCUUCACCGCCCAUUUCGAUCUUGGGGCCAUACAACUCCCAUUCGAGGAAUGGUUCAUCCCAACACUGAACCCUCAGGAACAAGAAAUGCUCUCAUGGCUUGAGGAAUGA